AUGGCUACCCCCAGUGUCCUUACCUUUGAUGCUGAGGGUCGUGCUGUUGACUUUGAGGUCUGGGUCGAUGACCUCCAGCUUUUCCUGCAGUGCGAUAGGGCAGACACACUCUCCCUGUUCGAUCUCACCUCUGGUGCCUCUCCUGCCCCGCCUACUGAUGCUGACAGCACUGUUCGCUCACAGUGGGCCACACGCGAUGCUGCUGCCCGUCUUGCUGUGCAUCGCCACUUACCGACCACUAAGAGUGCGCACUUUAGUCAGUACAAGAGUGCUAAGACCUUGUUCGACGCUGUAGUUGCACGCUACUCUUCCCCUGCCACUGCUGCUCUUAGCCGCCUCAUGCUGCCGUACCUGUUCCCUGACCUUGCUGCCUUUCCCACAGUCGCUGACCUCAUUACGCACCUUCGCACUAGUGACACUCGCUACCGCGCUGCGCUUCCUGCUGACUUCUGUGCCAAGAACCUCCCCCUCAUGUACAUCACCCUCUACUACAUAGUCACCCGGCUCCCUGACUCCCUUCGCUUAGUCAGGGACCACUUCCUCUCAGUUUGCCCCACCACACUCACCGUUGACCUCCUCGAGGAGUGCCUCCUAGCAGCAGAGAAGGGCAUAGUCGCUAUAGGAGCCUCUCAUGGUGACCUUCGCACCCUCGUCUUUGAGGGGUGUUUCCCCUCCCCCCUCUUGCCCUCUGUUGCUUCUGCUGCUGCAGCCGACCUCGUUGGCUUCGAGUCGGUCGGCGCUGCGUCUGCCCCUAACGGGAGAUGCCGCACCGGCAAGGGCAAGGGGGCAAGGGCGCUAGAGGGGCUGGCGGGGCCGGUGGAGGUGGUGGUGGAGGCAGUGGAGGGGGUGGGGGUGGUGGUGGGAGUGGUGGCGGGGGUGGAGGUGUCGGUGGCAGCAGUGGAGGUGAAGGAGGUGGCGGCGGUGGCGGAGGGAGCGGAGGCGACGGAGGUGGUGGAGGUGGCGGAGGCGGCGGAGGUGGCGGAGCCGGCAGCGGCAACGGUGGAGCUGGUCGCGGAUCUGCGCAGAGGAGUGGUUCCUGUGGUGGUCCGCGCCAGCAGCAGCAGCGCACUCGUGAGACCCCGUCUCCCCAGCAGCUUCGUGAGUGGUACGCUAGGCGUCAACGAGGUGGGGGUACUAGUCCCUGCACCUACGUCCUCCGUACCAGUGACCGCGCUGUCUAGGGCGGGAGUUGCUAUCUUUGAUCUGGAUUAUGAUGCUAUUCUUGCUGCCAUGUAUGUUGUGUCUACUAGUGAUGAGGGUGACUGUUACCUGUGUGUUCUGCCUGACCCGAGCAUUGAGGCUGCUGCUCUAGGUGCUGGUGAGGCUGCUGCUCUAGGUGCUAGUGCGUCCGCUGCCCCAGGUGCUGGUGAGUCUGCUCUCUCAGGUACCACUUCGACUGAGGCCUUACACACCUUCACCCUUGACUCGGGUGCUUCUCGCUCCUUCUUUCGAGACCGCACCACGCUUACGCCGCUUAGUCGGCCGGUUGCGGUCUCCCUGGCGGACACCUCUGGAGGUCCUGUCCUUGCUAGCUUCUCCACUGUCUUACCGUGUCCGGCAGCCCCCUCUGGCACCCUGUCAAGUCUCUACCUCCCCUCAUUCUCUGUGAACUUGACUCUCCUUAGGCACCACCGCCUUGGUCACCCCUCCCGUCCUCGUCUCCGACGCAUGGCCUCCUGUGUCCUCGUCUCUGGUCUCCCCCGGUCCCUCCCUCCCCUCCCUCCGGGGCAUGCCCCUACGUGCAUUCCCUGCGUCGAGGGGCGGCAGCACGCCGCCCCUCACUCCUCCGAGUUUCCUCAGACAGAGGCUCCGCUGCAGACUCUUCACAUGGACGUGUGGGGCCCCGCCCGUGUCCGUGGCCAUGGUCACGAGCGUUACUUCCUGUUGGUGGUUGACGACUACUCGCAUUACACGACGGUGUUCCCCUUGCGCAGCAAGGGGAACGUCACUGAGGUGUUGAUUGACUGGAUCCGCGCAGCUCGUCUCCAGCUCAGAGAGAGUUUCGACUCGCACUUUCCUGUUCUGCGUUUGCACUCUGACAGAGGCGGGGAGUUUUCCUCUGCUCGUCUAGGAGCCUUCUGUCGUGCACAGGGCAUCCGCCAGACCUUCACGCUUUCGGCCUCUACACAGCAAAAUGGGAUUGCUGAGCGCCGCAUUGGCAUGGUCAUGGACGUCGCUGGUACGUCCACGAUCCAUGCGGCUGCCCCCCAUUUUCUGUGGCCGUUUGCGGUUCAGUACGCAGCGCAUCAGCUCAACCUUCAGCCCCGGGUCUCCUUGCCAGAGACCUUCCCCACCUUGCGGUGGACGGGGAAGGUUGGCGAUGCGUGUGCGUUUCGGGUUUGGGGAUCUCGGGCGUUUGUCCGCGACUUGUCUGCGGACAAGCUAUCCCCCCGUGCUGUUCCCUGCGUCUUCCUUGGCUUCCCCCCUAACGCGCCUGGUUGGCUGUUUUACCACCCCAUCUCGCGCCAUGUUCUGUCCUCCCAGUAUGUCACCUUUGACGAGGCGGUGCCUUACUACCGUCUCUUCCCCUACCGCACUGCGCCCCUCCCUCCGCCGCUGCUCUUUCUUGCGCCAGGUCCUCCCGCGGUAGACCCUCUCCCCCCUCAGGGUCCUGCCCCGUCAGGUGUGUCCCAGAUAGACACAGUCGAGCCUGUCGAGGUAGCUGUUGACUCUGGUGCUGCUAGAGGUGCUGAGCCUGGGGGUGCGGAGCCUAGGGGUGCGGAGCCUGGGGGUGCUGCGCCUGGGGGUACGGAGCCUGGGGGUGCUGGGUCUGCUCGUGUGGCCUGUGGUGGUGCUUUGUUGAGGAGGGAGCUGCUCUCUCUGCAGGAGCUGCGCGAGUACGGUAUUGGAGCUACUGGAGCUGGAGCUGCUGGGGGUGUUGGCGCUAGAGGUGCUACUGGAGCUGCUGGAGCUGGAGCUGCUGCGGGUGUUGGCGCUGGUGGUGCUGCUGGCGCUGGUGCUUCUGAGGGUGCUGGAGUUGGUGCUGCUAGAGUUGGAGGUACUGCUGGCGCUGGUGCUGCCUCUGGGGGUACUGGUGCUGUCCGUGCUGGUUCUGGAGACGUUGCGCGGCCGCGAUUGUACUUCGUUCCGCUCCUUGAGCAGGUUCUUGGUCUCCCACCCUCUACUGGUCCUGCUCCUCCCUUAGAGUGUCCACAGCCUGUCCAGUCGCGGUCACAGUUACAGCCCGCCUCCCCCCUACCUGCUCCUUGUACCUACACUGGUCCUACUGGAGGUCUUGCUGAGUGUCCUGAGCCUGCAUCUCGUCCUGCGUCGCCUAUUCGUGCUGCUCGCACUAGUAGUCGUUCUUCGCGUCCGCGUCCUCCUGCGGUCCCAGGCACACACCAGAUGGCACUGCGUCCGUCCACUGCUCCUCUGCGUGUCCCGUUGCCGUCUCCUCCAGAGUCCUCUCUUCCUGUUCUUGCUGACUUGGAGUCUGACUCUCUUCGUGCUGCCAGUCCUACUGUCACGCAUCUCUUGGCUACUGUUGUCGCCAAUCUUUCCUUUGAGCCCACUGCUGCGUCUGCCUUAGUUGAUGAGCUUGUCGACCUUGCUGCUCGCUCUCGUCUAGACUACGCCGCUAGUCUCGUUGCUGAGUCUGAGUCUGUCUGUCCUCCGUCCGUCGGGGGUGAGUGUGCUCUUAGCACGGACGUCCUUGAGGACAGGCAGGAGGAGUUCCAGUGUUUUGCUACUGCUUUGCCUCAUCUCGUGUCCACGCUGAUUGCCCUAGAGGGAGACCCGGAUGCACUAGACAUCCCGACUCCUAGAUUGUACGCUGAGGCGAUCGAGGGUCCCUACUCCUCACAGUGGCAAUCAUCCAUAGACGCAGAGAUGGCUUCAUGGAAGUCCACAGGCACCUACGUCGACGAGGUUCCCCCACCUGGGGCGAACAUCGUCAGUGGCAUGUGGAUUUUCAGGGUGAAGCGGCCGCCGGGUUCUCCGCCUGUCUUCAAGGCGCGUUACGUGGCUCGAGGCUUUUGUCAACGGCAGGGAGUUGACUACUUUCAGACCUUCUCUCCCACCCCGAAGAUGACCACUCUUCGGGUGCUGCUGCACAUAGCCGCUCAGCGCGACUACAAGCUUCACUCUCUUGACUUCAGCACAGCUUUCUUGCAGGGCAGCCUGCACGAGGAGAUCUGGCUGCGCCGCCCACUUGGCUUGACUGGGUCGUUUCCCGUGGUACCUAGUGGAGCCUCCGGCGGCCAGUCUACGGUCUCCGCCAGGCGCCCCGUGAGUGGCACAACACACUGA